AUGAAGGGCUCUCAAGAUUCGGAAAGCUGCAAACUUUCCGGCAGCAAACCAACAGAAGCAGAAGAUUCCUCUCGAAAAAAGAAAAACAAAAGGAAAAACCUGUCUUCUGCUGCAGUCGAAGGAGAAAAUCCCCGCAUUUCCCCGGAGGAUUCCAGUGGUGACCCUGAAGCAGUUUCGCAGCUUCCGGGGAAAGAAAACGGAACUUUUGAUGCUAAAUCCCAAUCUCCAUCGAAAAAAAGAAAAAGAAUUAAAAACAAUUCUUCUUUUGGGGAGAAAAAGGAGGGUGGAGGCGGCGAAGCUUCCGCAAAGAGCUCAUCUUCAGCUGCAGCAACAGAAGAAGCAGCAGCACACGCGGAAGCCGAUUCACCUUCAGCAGCAGCAGCAGCAGCAGAAGCUGAAGUUCUCGUCCACAAAAAAAGCGGAGUUAUAGACACGUCGCAGACUUUUAAAGAGUUCGGAGCAGUUCAUUUGGACAGGAGGCUUACCAAGGCCCUCAUCGAUGAACUCAAACUCCAGCAUCCAACUCACGUGCAGGCCCAGGUUGUUCCUGUCGCUUUGAAUGGCAAAGAUUUGCUGAUCGAGGGGAAGACAGGCAGCGGGAAGACGCUGGCGUACGUGCUGCCCUUGCUGCAGCGGCUGCUGCAGCUGCAGCAGCAGCAGCAGCAGCACCAGCAAGCUUCAGAAACGGCGGCGCUCCCUGAUCUUUCAGGAAUGGUUCUGGUCCCAACAAAAGAACUGUGCAUUCAAGUACAUGACGUUAUAAAGAGUAUGUUGAAGUACACAAGCGACAUUUUGUCUGUUUCGCACACCGCCAGCCUCCCUGGAAACCCUGGAAAGCUGCUGGAGCUUCCCACCAUAAUGGUCGGAACCCCCACCGGCAUUUUGCAUUUUCUGAAUAAUAUUCGGCGGCAGCAGCAGCAGUUUGAGUUGCAGUUGGGUCUGGAAGUUUUGGUUGUUGACGAGGCGGACUUGCUGUUCGCUUUCGGUUUUGAAAACGACACGAAAAGACUUCUUCAGCUCUUGCCGUCUACAGCAGCGCGGCACUACCAAACUAUUCUCGUUUCCGCCACUCAGAACCACGAGCUUUCCCAGCUGCAGCAUUUGAUGCUGCACAAACCCCUCAUUAUCAAAAUUGUGGAAGAAGAAGGAAGUCAUGCAGACGGCAGCGCCGCCAGCUGCAUUAGCGAGUUCUAUUUCCAAGUCCCAACGGAGGCGGAGAAAUGGCUGGUGGCGUACGCGUUUCUUCGGCUCGGCCUUGUGCCCCUCAAGUGCCUGGUGUUUUGCAAAGAUGUUUCGAGUGUCUACGCACUACGACUAUUCCUUGACAGAUUUGGAAUAGCCAGCGGCGUUUUGAGUCCGACACUCCCGGUAGCAGCACGCGAACAGCAAAUUCAGGCAUUCAAUCAGGGACUCAUAGAUAUUCUCAUCACGAAUGACGGACAGUUCAUGGAGGGAAAGAAUCCGCCAGCAGACGGAGAGAGCUCUGGAUCUGCUGAGGCUUCGGCGCCCACUCCGUCUACGGGGAAACGGCGACGAGAGGACCAAACUAAGGCGAAGGACUCAGAGUUCGCCGGACAUAGAGGACUGGACAUGCAGGGCGUUGCAUGUGUGUUUAACUUCGACGCACCCAGCAGUCUGAAGUCUUAUAUUCACAGAAUUGGCCGGACUGGGCGUGGGGGCUCUAUGGGAGUUGCAGUUACUCUCAUAGACGCAUCCCAGGAGCAGCAGCAGCUGCUUCUGCAGCAGCUGCUCACAGUUCGGAGGGCUCCCGGAUCGAAUUGCAGCACGCUUACGCCGUUGUCGCUGCAGCUGCAAGAUGUUGAGUGCUUCCGCUACAGAGUUGAGGACGUGAGGCGGGGCAUCACAAAACGCGUCAUUGCCGCUGCCGUUGCGCGCGAUUUGCAGCAGCAGCUGCUGAAUUCUGGAAAGCUGAAGGAGUUCUUCGAGAGAAACCCGAGAGACAGAGACGUGCUGAAGCGGGCAUGCAAGCAGCUUAAGGAAAUUAAUGUCUCAAAGGGUCCUUUAGGACAUCUGCCAGAUUACCUUUUGUCUCAGACGCAGCCAACACAAAUGACUGCUGUACAACUGGCAAUCCAGCAGCAGGCAGCCGAAACAGCAGACAAGAAGGGGCCAUACAGGAGUUCACAUCGCCACCCUGUUACUGAUCCACUGAAGACUUUCAGAGCAGCAGUGUCCCGUGGCGCUGCCACAGGGAAGCGCAGGCCACUGAGGCCGAAGAUAAAUCGGCAGACGCAGCUCGCUAGAAUGCCGAAGCAUCCAGAUGAAGUGGCCCCAGAAGCCCUGCCUGCAACUUCUGGGAGAAAGAUAUGGAAGCUCAGGCACAACAAGCGAGUGGCUGUGAAGGGACCCAAGGGCAACUUCCUCAGGAAGCGAAGCGUCAAAGGUCUCCGCAAGAAGUGA